AUGCCAUCCAAAGUUAAUAGACUAUUGCCAGGUCACACUAUAUUCUUUGUUCUGGAUCUCCAAACACGGUUCCGUCCUGCUAUUUACCAAUUCGAUCAUGUCGUAUCUGUAGCAAAUAAAAUGUUCAAGGUUGCAAAGCUGUUAGACAUCCCCGUCAUUGUAUCUGAACAGAAUCCAUCGAAACUUGGGAAGUCAGUAGAAACUUUAAACUUCAAUCUCCUUGGCCAAUUGCAUCGCAAGACCAUUGAGAAGAGCCUCUUCUCUCUCGUGACUCCAGAACUAGAUGCCAUAAUGAAAUCCAUGGAAUAUGCCCAUAUUAAAUCAGUCGUCCUCAUGGGUAUUGAGUCCCAUAUAUGCGUACUACAGACGGCUUUCGACUUGCUAGAUCGGGAUUUCAGCGUCCACGUACUUGCUGAUGGAGUUUCCAGCUGCAAUAAAGAGGAGGUUCCUCUAGCAUUAGAACGAAUGAGACAGGCAAAUGUCCAUGUCACCACAAGUGAAAGUGCUAUUUAUCAGCUCAUAGCCGACGCAGGAAAGCCAGAAUUCAAAGCGUUUGCUCAAAUUGUCAAGGAGGAGUCCGAUUCGAACCAGAAAGCUUUGCAAGUACUUCCUGGUACCUCAUUAUCGAAUAAAUAA